UGAAAGAAUUAUUAUCAAGUUCAACAUCUAGAACGUGAUAAAAUGUAUUUGUUGCCUUUACACUAUUUCUUUAUAAUUUUCGUAUGCAUUUCUAUUGAUAAGUUAUUAAUUUGAAGUGUGAAAACUAUUUACUUUCUAUUUCGGCUUCACAUACACAAAUAUUUGCGUAACAAAACGAAACGUGCGAAUGGAUUUCGUCGGGUUAAGUGUGCGAUUGACCGAUGAAGACGUAGCUGUGGUUACCAUGUGUAAUGGUGACAAUACGUUUACUCUGGAUUACGUUCGAACUUGGAAUCAAGCACUCGAUUUCAUUGACACUCAUCCUAAAAUAGUCGGCAUUAUUACAACAGGAGAAGGCCGCUCGUUCAGCACUGGCCUCGAUGUGGAUUGGCUGAAGGCUCAGACUGCGCAAGCUCUAGAUGAAUAUCACGAAGCACUACACAAACUGUACAAACGGAUUCUCGCCAUUGGAAUAACGACUGUAGCGGCAGUUAACGGUCACGCCAUAGCGGAAGGGGCGUUCAUAGCGCUCGUUCAUGACUUCCGAUUGAUGCGCGAGGACCGCGGGUGGGUCCAAUGGCCAGAAGUUCACAUGAAACUUCCCUUCACGAAGACUAUGGUUGAUAUUUUUAAAUUAAAGGUACCUUGUGUGAUCUCACAAAGAGAAGCGCUUGUUUUCGGCAAGCGGCUUGAUGCCAAAAGAGGCGUGGCUCUGGGAAUCAUUGACAGGGCGGUACCAGCCCCCUCCCUGAUGUCAGAAGCACUGGUUACUUUGCAGAAAGCCCGGGGGAACAUGAAACUAGACCGGCACUUUUUCGGAGUGAUGAAGGAAGACUUAUAUACUAAUUAUAUUCGUAGAGAGAGUUCGGCUGCUAAGUUAUAGGCAUACACACAGCCCUCGUGCUUGUACACUUUUGUCACGAUUAAUGUACGUUUUAACGUUAAACGUUAAAUAUUUAAAGACGCCAUUUCACCGCCGUAAUGCGAAUGAAAUAGAGUGUGAAAAUAUUUCUUAAAUACACGAAAUGCAAAUAUCACCAUGUCUAUGAUAUUUUCUUCAUCUAGAUUUACACCUUACUGACGUAAUAAUAUGACGUCAAAUAUUAAAUAAUUUGCAUCUAUAAAUACUUCAUUCUGAUUUGUUACUUGUUCCAUAGUUACGGUUAAUCUGAAAAUCUAAGUUUGAUAAGAACAAUACAACCAGAUAUUAUUUCAAGCAGUUAUUAACAUUUAAUGACAAUCUGUCUUAUCAUCGUCCAUGAAGUGCUGGGAUUUCACUCCGAAGGAUUCAAGCGUCUGGUAGAGCUUGUCGCGCACUGACUGGUCAAUCGAUGACUUCCGGGCAAGAAUCCAAGCAAAUUCAAGAUGGCUGACACCCACAAUGUCAACGCAGGAGAAGACCAGUGUGUAUGUCUCGUAAUCGGUGUCCACAACCCAAUAGUCCGCGUAUGGGGCCGCUGUAUAGGAAAUACGUGCGAUUAAACUUUUUCAGCGUAGCUGUCUAACCCCGAUUUUGACAUUUAUUGACAAAUUAUCUACAGCCAAUAAAAUACGAAAAAACGAAAUACCCCGCUAGUGGAUCCGAAUGAAUAAGCACGAAGAAUAGAUUCGCAAAUCUGAGAGAAUUUCUCAAAAUCGUGGACUUUACGUAUCUCUGAUGAUUCGAGUUCAAUGAAAAAGCAGUAGUUUAUCAGAACUAUCUCUUAAAUGGCUUGCAUUUCUUUAAUGUUUUAAGGUUCGAGCUUAACACGAGAAGGCUCUUUGUUCAUUCGAUAAAUAUAUUUUCAUACAAUGAAGUUAUUUUCCAUUUUCCAUUUCUAUCUUUUCUGAAGCGAGGCAUUUUUGUAUUCGAUUUGCAAUUCUUCAUGAGAAUUUAUUGGUUGUGACUUGUGAUAUUUUGUGAUAUAAUACAAGUAUGAUAGGGCUUAGCAAGCCUUAGGCAAAGGCGAGACGUGCCGAGCCGUUUUAAACGCCAAAUCGGAUGAGUCUAAUAGCACAUGACCUCAAAAGUCAAACAGUCACCAUUCAUAUAUUAUCUAUAGAAACUGCCUAUUGUAUAAGAAAAUGCAUAGUUUUUAUAAACAUACCAAACAAGUUA